ACAGCAGAGAAAGAACUGGGCAAGCGAGGGGGACCGGGAGCUGGGGCGCCAGAGCUAGAGACAGCGGGCGGGCGAGGAGCUGGCAGAGGCGCAGGGCAGGCGGGCCGGCCGGGGGCCGCGGGGCUCGGGUGCGAGUCGGGCGGGGCGAGGUGCUGAGCGCUGGGAGCGGAGCGAGGCUGCAGCUGAGGCGGGGGUGGAUGGCCACAGGGGCGCCGAGGAGCCGUGUCGGGCUUGUGGUGUCGGGCCCCCAUGGUCCCCUGACGCAGCCCCGGGGGGCGCUGCGCGCCACACUCCGCUCUAGCCGGCCCUGCGCCUCUCGGAGCCUCGGGUCUGAGGUGGGAGUGUGAUGUGAGUCGCCGGGCGAGCAGCCGAGAGAAGUGCCAAGAGGAGGAGGGAUCGGGACCGGAGAGAAGAGCGAGUUAGGCAGCAGAGCGUUUUGCAAACUGCAGUAGCCACAGAAUCAGCGGCGAGCCUGUUGAAAGAACCCACACGUGUAUUUCACAGCCCUUUGGGUGGAAAUUGAAUGUGAAAAUGAAGCCAGACCGAGAUACUUUAGACGAAUAUUUUGAAUACGAUGCAGAGGAGUUCUUGGUCUCUUUGGCCUUGUUAAUAACAGAAGGACGAACACCUGAAUGUUCCGUGAAAGGUCGCUCAGAAAGUUUCCAUUGCCCUCCAGCACAGUCCUGUUCCCCAGGAACUACCAAACAUGAAUGCAGUGACAAGCUGGCCCAGUGUCGACAAGCCAGACGAACCAGGUCUGAAGUUGCAUUGUUGUGGAAGAAUAACCUUCCAAUCAUGGUGGAAGUGAUGCUACUGCCAGACUGUUGCUACAGUGAUGAUGGGCCCACCACAGAAGGAAUUGAUCUAAAUGAUCCUGCAAUUAAGCAAGAUGCGUUAUUAUUAGAAAGAUGGAUAUUGGAGCCAGUUCCUCGACAGAGUGGCGAUCGAUUUAUUGAAGAAAAGACUCUUCUAUUGGCUGUCCGCUCAUUUGUGUUCUUUUCUCAAUUAAGUGCUUGGCUGAGUGUUUCUCAUGGUGCUAUUCCACGAAAUAUUCUUUACAGAAUCAGUGCUGCCGAUGUAGACCUACAGUGGAAUUUUUCACAGACUCCAACUGAACAUGUGUUUCCUGUUCCCAAUGUUUCUCACAAUGUGGCCUUGAAAGUCAGCGUUCAGUCCUUGCCCAGACAAUCGAAUUACCCAGUUUUGACCUGUAGUAUUCACACUAAUAUUGGCCUGUAUGAGAAAAGAAUUCAAGAAAGUGAACUUAAAGCCCAUCAGCACCGCAAUUCUAACGAAGCAGAACAAUGUAGUACCAACAGUUCACAGCGUCUGUGUAGCAAACAAACUUGGACCAUGGCACCUGAAAGUGUAUUACAUGUAAAAAAUGGCACAACUCCAGAAUAUACUGCAGCUGUCAAAAAUGGCAAACUAUAUCCAGGCACUGGCAGUAAAUCUGACUAUGGAACAUGUCAAGCCAACAUUCUGGGCUUCCGUGGUAUAGGAGAUAAAAAGUCUCAAGAAACACCAGUGAGAACUAUAAAAUCACUUUCAGUGAUUGAUUCCAGUGUCUCUAGACACCAGAGUUCCUGGCAGUCAGUUGGUGAGACUAAUCCCUUAAUAGGCUCUUUAAUUCAGGAGCGACAAGAUGUUAUUGCAAGAAUUGCUCAGCAUUUGAUUCAUUGCGAUCCAAGCAGUUCACAUGUUUCUGGACAUGCAUUUAAUACGCAAGAAUCUAGUUCACGUAAUUCUAAACUUUUCCGUGUUUCACAAGAAAAUGAAAACAUGAGAAAAUGUAAAGAAACUUUCUCCAUUUCUUUUGGUAGUCCAGAGCUUACCUCUUCGGAAGACGCCAGUGAGGGGAAAAUUCGAGCAAAACCAGAAACUCCUCGAAGUGAAACUUGCACUUCUAAUGGUCUUUAUUCUCGUCAGUCUGUUGGUGAGACUAAUCCUUUAAUAGGCUCUUUACUCCAGGAGCGGCAAGAUGUUAUUGCAAGGAUUGCUCAACACUUGGAGCAUAUUGAUCCAACGGUAUCACAUAUGCCCCGGCAAUCAUUCAAGCUGUGUGACUCCAGUUCAGUUCCUUCUAAAGUGUUUAGGAGUUCAUAUGAAGACAAAAAUUUGUUGAAGAAAAACAAGAAUGAGGCCUCUGUUUCCAUUUCUAAUACAAAAUUUUCCUUGUUAGAAGACUGCAAUGAAGGGGGAAACUUAAUACCUACCAAAUCUUUUAGUUCUUUUAAAUGCAAUAGUAAAGUCAAGUCCUCUUUAAAACCGCAAAUAAGAAGACAUCUAUAUCAGGACAGUCCUAGUGAAGUCAUCCAAAAUACAUUUCAAAGAACACAGAACAAAGCCACUAGUUUAUUGGCUCCCUCAAAUAUGUCUCAUUGCAAAGAAAAUAACUUAGAUUUGGCAAUCAGAUUGGAAAAUACACGUUCUGAGUGUCAAUUUAAGGAGCAAGAAAUUAGCAAUGGAAUUGAUAAGCGGUAUUCAAAUUGCAUCAGUAUUGACAAACAAAUUUGCACAAAUAAGUAUAAGGAAAAAAUAAUAAAAAAUGAAAAUUGUAAUCCAGAAUCUUUUAACAAUCACCAAUUUGAUAAUUCAAAAAAAAAAGACUCAAAAGUUUCUAUGUUGGAAAUAUCUGGAUAUUUGAACAAAUAUGAAAACAAGUGCUCAAACAAAGACUCAAAAAAGCCUACAACAUGUGAGCAAAAUAUGCAACUUAAUAGUAUAGAAAAUUAUCUCAAUAAAGAUAAUGAAGACUUCAAAUGCAAAAAGUCAGACCAAUUGAAAAAUGAACAGGAUAAGAAAGAAGAUCCAAUUGGUGAAAAAUCUCAAAACCGUUCUCAGAGGAAGAGUGUAAAAGAUUGUUUGUCUACAUGUGAUCGACUGAAAAAUACAGAAGUAUUGAGGACUAUGCCAUUGAAACAUUCAAGUGUCUGGCGGAAACAUAAUUUUCAUUCUUUGGAUGGAACCUCAACAAGAGCCUUUCAUCCUCGAACUGGAUUGCCUCUUCUUUCAAGUCCCGUUCCUCAAAGAAAGACACAAUCAGGUUGCUUUGAUCUGGAUUCUUCGUUACUGCAUCUGAAAAGCUUAGCAUCUAGAAGUCCUCGGCCAUGUUUGAAAAUUGAAGAUGAUCCAGAUAUUCAUGAAAAACCAUUUCUGAGUUCUAGUGCUCCACCUAUAACAAGUCUUAGUCUCCUAGGAAAUUUUGAGGAAUCUGUCUUGAACUACCGUUUAGAUCCUCUCGGCAUUGUCGAUGGUUUUACUGCCGAGGUAGGGGCAAGUGGUAUUUUCUGCCCCACACAUUUGAUUCUUCCAGUUGAAGUGUCAUUCUACAGUGUUUCAGAUGAUAAUGCUCCCUCUCCUUAUAUGGGUGUGAUUACUUUAGAGUCCCUUGGUAAAAGGGGUUAUCGAGUACCUCCUUCAGGAACAAUACAAGUGACCUUAUUUAAUCCUAAUAAGACUGUGGUGAAGAUGUUUGUUGUGAUAUAUGACUUACGAGAUAUGCCAGCCAAUCAUCAGACAUUCCUACGACAACGAACUUUUUCUGUACCAGUUAAACAGGACAUGAGGAGAAGUGUUAAUAAAGAGAACAUCCAACAUUCAGAAGAACGGUUAUUACGCUACCUCAUACAUCUGAGGUUCCAGAGUUCUAAAUCUGGAAAGAUCUACCUCCAUAGAGAUGUACGACUCCUGUUCUCUAGAAAGUCAAUGGAAGUUGAUAGUGGUGCUGCAUACGAACUCAAAUCUUACACUGAAUCACCAACAAACCCUCAGUUUUCACCAAGAUGUUGAUAAGGAGUGACAUUUUAAAGUAUUCGCUGAUUACCCCAGUUUGAAAGUAAAAAUUAGCGUAGAACAGAGUGUACCAAAUUAACAACCAGGAGAGUGGAUCCUCUCCUGUUAUCCUGGACCAGUUUUUAUUAAAGGAUUCCUGGAAUGAGAUCCACAUAUUCCAAGUAGACUGGAAACACUCAUGUCCUAAGCCUUUUUGUACUGUUAAAACCACUUCGUUGGACAUGUUGCAAUAGCGGAACCCCCGGUUAGAUUAGUGUUUACACAUUUUAUUUCUCAGUUAUUUAAUAUUUAAUGUUUUCCUUAAUACUCAAGUGAUGUUUGUCUCUAGUGUUCUAAUGUAGCACAAAUCCUAUGUAAAAUCAUACUAUGUAUUUUUGACAUUAAUGUUGAAAUCUGAAAUAUAUGCACAAGUCUUUAAUUUCGUGUGAUGUGUUUUAAGUACUAUUCAUUUAAGUUAUUGAAAAAUGAGAAUGAAAUGUUAAGCUUCUUUAAGAUUAACGCACUAUGCAAGCAUGUGUACUUUUUAUAUCUCUCAAGUUUAGUUUUUACAACACCCCUUCCAAUUUGCUGUCUCACAUAGUAGUCCUUUAACAUUCUGUAUUAGCGGUGCAGUGCAGACUAAGCUGCUUCCCAUUCCCUUUGCAAGUUCAGAUCAUCAUGCCCAUUCAUAUUCCUUCUAGAAUCCCUUAUCCCCCAAACUGUUCUAUUUUUCCUUAAUCACUACUACAGAAGCUUUACAUUAAAUUGCUGUCCCAUGCUAGAUAACUUUUACAAAUUGUUAAAGAAUAUGUACUUUGAAAACAAAUUAGUAUUUAUAUUGUAAAUAUAUGCAAAAAAAAAAGAAA